AUGGCAGAGUACAAUAUGCUUUCCGAGGUUACUUAUUACCCCAAGAUCAGGUCUUGGCGUUUCAGAGUGCAGCUACACAUGAUCUACCCUUACGCGAUUACCAACCAUGGGUCUUACUAUAACUAUAUCCUCGCAGAUGAAGAUCCAACUAGCUCUCCGUUUAGACUAAAUGCUUCGCGCUGUACGCAAGUCCGCAUCAUCGAACCUCUGAACAGUCGCCUUUUCUUGGACUUCAAAAGCAUCCAUGAAAUCCCUCGCAUGCACUGGCGUGACCUCAGAUAUCCCAUAGAUACAAUGGGAGUGGUCUUCAACACGAAAGCCUAUCUCGAUGCCCCUUCAAGACCAAGGAUGGAGUUUUACAUAACGGAGAACAUUGACCAUCAGAUAAAAUGUGUGGUGACCGGCGAUCUGGCCUAUGCCUUCCAGGAUGGUCUUGAUUACCUGAUUGUGGCCCUUAAGAUGUGGAGAAUCUGGAAAUUUAUGUGUAAGUGA